AUGGAUCUAGGCUUUGACCUCUAUAACGCGUCCUGUUAUGAUGCUGCAAUUCACUUGGCAGAUCACUGCGUUUCCAUCAUCACAGGGUUGGGCUCUGCUCUGCAAAUCUAUUUACUCGACCAAUUUUGGAUCCACUUCAAUUCGUGUAUACCUGUUGUGCACCAAGCAACUUUUCUCACUAGCCUCGAAGAAGCAUACGGAGACUUCUGCUCACCGGAGCUUCAUCUCGCAGUCCUCGCUAUGGGUCUUCGACGCGCAGAUCACAAGCGUUCAGAUGUCCUGCAGCUUUUCCUUCCCAACUGGGAUUCUAUUCUGCACAAAAAGCUCAGAUUGGUCAUAGAUAAUCUAUCUACACGGAAAGAGCGGCAGAGUAUCACAUAUGCCCAAGCUGUCAUCAUUCUUGCUCAACUCGAGUGGGAGCGAGGACGAGACCACACAGCAAGACUUCACUUGACAGAAAUUCGGAACCUUAGACAUGAACUUGAUAUGGCAAUUUCAGACGAUGAAAUCAUAGCUCAACGUAUUGCCUUGCGAGCGGUUAGUCUUAUUGAUAGUCAUACGGUCCUGUUCAACCACAACUUCAACACCAUUCUGGACGAUCGGUCUAGUAUCUCGAACUUUGCUACGGUUCACCGUCUUCGCAUUAACCCACAGUCAUCAACGCAGACGCAGGAUCUCAGUUCACAGAUCUUCAACGCACACCUAGAGCUGAUGAGCAUUACUACGAAUGGGAUAGAGCAGCUGCAAUCGCAACAGACCCGCUCUACCGAUAACCCUUUUUUCCGGCUAACAGCACUACACAAUCGGCUACAGAGCUGCCAACAAUUUCACGCUAUUCUAAUACUGUUAUAUCGUCCUUAUUCGCUCCAGAAGUCAUUAGCGAGCAUUAUGGUCCGCUUCAAGGAUGUCAACAUCGACCAGCUAUCCGAAGAAAUUCACAAUAUUCUGCUUACGAACGCGAUGCAAAUAGCGGAUCUCAUCUUGGAGUCACGCAAACGGUUCAAACUCGGUGCUAUUUUUCCCUUGUCGGUUCAGCAAGGAGCCCUUGCAGCCGGCGUUCUUUUGACCAUGUCACGCGUAGCGGGCAAUUGUAUAAGAGAUUCGAGUCUCCGAUACCUUCAAUAUCUUCAACAAUUUUUCAGUGAAAUGUCUGCGAUAAAUGGACCAGCUGAAAGGUUAGAUCGGACUUUGCAGGAUCUCACAGCAACAUCGAGCAGCUGCGACCGCCCUACGCAGAGACGCACGCAGAGCGUAGAUAUUACGAAUUCAGGAAGACCCGGGACAGAAACCUCAAUUGGUGGCCCCAAUGAUACUCUGUGUCUCCACAGAAGUGACGACAAUGGACAAGGGAGCCUCCCCGGAUGUGCAGCAGACCAGCAAGGUACCACCGCUGCUUAUGCAUAUACAAAGGAUAAUGGUGCCCCGAAAAGUGGCAUUCCUGAUGACCUUGAUCCAACGACAGAUUUGGAGCACAGGACAGUACCGCCGCCUCCUGUCACCAAUACUUCUAUCAAUAUCCGCUCUCUCAGCCAAUCAUCUGACCGAUGUAUCAACGCAAUGGAAUCAGAGAGUAUGCCGUCCUCGCACGCUGUCGACAGAGGUCUCAACCACCUAACGCCUGUUGAUAUAUCAUUGGAAGAAGGGGGGUUAUUUGUCCCUCAGUUGCCCCUCGGUACAGAAAAUCUAAGCUUACCCGGAGCUGGUCCUGACUCGGACUCCUGGAACCAGGAUGAUGUUAGCGUGUCCUGGUUAGAAACAUUCAAGACACUCAAAGAAGUGAAUGAGCGACCUGUAUCCCAGAAGAUGGUUGCCAACGAGUUUGGUGAUGUGAUGGGGUGUAUCUUUAAACUGUGGUGA